AUGUACGUCAACGCAGUCGUGAACAACUGCACCGUCAAGUUCCUACUUGAUACAGGAUCUGACAUCACGUUGCUGAAUGAAAAGACGUGGAAGAAGAUGGGAUCUCCAACACUGGAGAAGACCAAUGUCGUUGUGAAGAACGCUAGUGGAGACCAGAUGAAGGUCUACGGCAAACUGAGAUGCAUCAUCGAAAUGAAAGGUAUCAAAACAGAAGGCUACGCCUAUGUGACGCCUUACAAUUCACUUAUUGGCCUUGAAUGGAUUCGAGGAAAUGAAGAAAUGGCGUAUCACAUGGGUAUGAUGACAUCGGAGAUGAAGAAGCAAUUCGAUCGAAGGAACCGUGUUGCGCCGAAGAAGUUCGAAAUUGGAGAUAUUGUACACGUACAGAUGGAAGGCUCCAAAUUGUAUUUGGAAGGAAGGAGCAAUAGUCAAGCGCCUUGUAAAAGUCAACUAUGA